AUAAUUACUUACUUUUUACUCUAUUUGCACCCCCCUACUUUUUCAUCCAAACAACAAUUUACCCCUCCACUUACACCCUCCACCAAGUUGCACCCCCCAACAAUUUACCCCUCAACUUGUACCCCUCUCGAACUUGCACCCCCCUUGUUGCCAAACAUAGUGUUAGGAAAAUCGAGAUCACGAAGAAAAGUCAACGGAGUCGGCCUCCGCCUGCUUCCUCCGGCUGCUGCACAUAAAAUAAACCAAGUCGUAGAAAAGGAGAAAAGCACGUGAUGAAUUAGUAACAACCCCAUAGUUUUAGUGACGACUUCUUGUGCCUGUUGAACCUUGUUACUCCGUGUCAGUAUGCCGUUUGUUUCCUUCCAUUUGCUUGCUCUGUUUUUCUCGUAUUGCAUAUGCAAAUGGCGCUCACCCGGAAUCCAUACAACAAAAAUCGGUUCCAUCGAUGAACUUCAUUGCUCACUUAGCCCUACAAUUGCAACCACUAUAUAAUAACAGAAAACUCGAUCGUUGUCUUUCUGCACCAAUUCCUCAUUUGAGAGAUUUCAUGGCUCAGUUAGCUGCAUCACUGCUGUUUCUCAUCUCCACCUCACUAUUUCUCCACACUACUUCUGCACUGACUGAAGUUGGUGACCUGAAGGGAUUGAAGUCCCUGCAGGAGGCAUGGAGGAAUACUACGCCACCAAAUUGGUUAGGAAACGACCCUUGCGGCUCGAGCCGCCGCGGCUGGGAUGGCGUUACCUGCACCAACAGCCGUGUCACUUCCCUACAACUAUCUGGCAUGGGAUUGAAGGGCUACCUUCCUUCAGGCAUCGCAUUGCUACCCGAGUUGCGAACUCUAGAUCUGUCCUUCAACAAGGGUCUGGAAGGGCCUCUUCCACCCUCAAUCGGCAAUCUCAGGAACCUGACAACCCUAAUCCUGGCGGGCUGUAACUUCUCUGGUCCUAUCCCUGCCACUGUGGGAUCCUUGACGAGUCUAACAAUCCUCUCACUUGAAUACAACGCCUUCACCGGCCAGAUUCCAACUGAAAUCGGCAACCUUACUAAUCUGUCUUGGCUGGAUCUUUCCUACAACCAGCUUGUUGGGAACAUCCCUGUCUCCACUGCUGAUACACCGGGUCUUGAUUCGUUACUCAAACUUAGACACUUUCAUCUGGAGAAGAACUAUCUGUCAGGCACGAUCCCUCAUCGACUUUUCAGCUCUGCCACGACUCUCGUGAGCUUGCUAUUGGACGGAAACAGUCUCACUGGGAGCAUUCCUUCCAGCCUUGGCCUUGUGCAGCACUUGGAGGUUAUACGCUUAGAUAGGAACAGGUUGACUGGAACUGUGCCUAGUAGUCUCAGCAAUCUCACAAAUCUUGAUGAACUGAAUUUGUCGAACAACGUUCUGAGUGGUCCUUUCCCAAACCUUACUGGCACGAAUCAUCUCGGUUUCUUAGACCUGAGCAACAACAGUUUCGACGUAUCGAGUUUCCCUUCGUGGUUAUCAACCCUGAAGCUACUAUCCACUAUAUCUCUGGAGAAUAUACAACUUAGAGGGCAAGUUCCAUUUGAAAUGUUCAGCCUUCCCAAAAUACAGAUUGUGAAACUGAUGAGGAACAAGCUAAAUGGAACUCUGGAUAUUGGACCUACUCACAGCAAUCGACUGCAACUCGUUAACUUACAAAACAAUUCCAUUUCAGACUACAUGAUAAGACCAGAAGCUAACAAUGUUGAUGUCAAACUUUCAGGGAACCCAAUUUGCAAUGGAACUACACCAGGACCAACUCCCAGCUACUGCAUGGUUAGCUAGAAGGAUGCAUCGCUAAAGAUAACAAAAUCACUAUAGAACUAUUCUCAAAGGAGGAACAAUAAAUUGUUUUCAAUAUU